UUUCAGAUUGUUGUAGUUCCCAGGAAACUAUAACGUCAUGCUCAUCUUCCACCCCAUCAUCAUCUUGUACUCCAUCACCAUGCUGUUCUGUCAGCUCAUUAUUGACGUUCUCGUGGUGCACCACUUUGUCGGACGCCGAAUCCCUCCAGCUGGGCAGGUAGUGGCUAUCAUUGAGGAGACAGACAGCGAGGAGAAUACAGAGGAGUAGGACGCUUGCUUUAUUAAUUUUUUAAUUUAUUGGUUUUUUAUUUAUAUAUUUGAAAUUGAUUAAAUACAUAUGUUAAGUUGUACAAAAUAAAGCUUACAACUUAA